GCUUCAUUGUGUAUAAUUUGAUAGAGUCGAGCAAGUGUUUGAAGCCCUCGCUAACAACGGGGUCUGAGUGUGAACGCGGAAGAGUGGGAGUGUUCAGCGUACCCAUCCAUUGUUUACCAUCAUGAGUGAACCCUGAAUUUGGUUGCUACACCAACUAUAGCCCUUUAAUUUUGUCUGUUAUAUGUGCAAAACCGAACAUUAUCUCAUAUAGUAUUGUCGGCAAUCUGCAGAAUAUCAUAAAGCCUAAUCUGCACCGUGCUGUGCCAAAUUGAGCCUGAAGAGGGCGAUGUCUGACAGCAACAGCACAGGCAGCACUGGCUCCUCAACCAACAGCUGGACCCUCCUCUCCCCCGAGGAAGCUGCUGUUGAGAAUGUCGGGCCCAUAGAUGAUGGCACUAAGAGCCUGGGCGACGUCCCCAGUCUCUCUGAGGAGGUCACAGGAGCUGCUGUGGAGUUCAGACAAAGUGACAUUCCAGUAGACACUGUCCUGUCUGAGGAAGGCCAUCAGGUGUGUCAGGAGACCACUGUAGAGUCCAGUGAGGGUCCCAUCCCUUCUAGUCCACUGCGGACGAGCCCUUGUCCACACAACCCUCUUGAACCUCCAGACCUCGACCUGGAAAGGCAACCUCCAGUUACCCAUGAUAUUGACACCUGUUCCCCCAGUGACAAUGAGAACCUAGGAGCCACACCCUUUGUCACCAGCAUUGACUUAGGGGCUCCACUCGAUAUUUCUGCUGCAGAAUUCCCCCUAGCUGAGUUUGAAGAUUCCUACUCUGCUCCUCCCAUGACUGGGAUCCCUUUCCCAGCAGAACCAGGGAUUGGCACGCCUGCUUACAUUGGGCUGAUUCCUGCAGGUCGUGCAGGAGAAAGACCAAUCUUCACUGCUAAAGCCAAAGUUAACAUCCCCAUAGAGACCAUUACAGCUACUGAUCCUCCUUCUCAUGUUGAAGCUAGUAUCAGUUUUGUUCCAGAAGGCACAGAGCUGCCAAAUCUUGUUCCAGAGAGUCUGGUGACUGAGCACCCCAUCGAUGAAAGUCCUGCACCAGACACUGCUGGCUCAGUGGAGGCAGAGGAGGCAACUGUGGAAAAGGAGGCGACAGAGCCAUACGAAACUGUGACCCAGCACAAGAGAGAUGAAGAAGAAGUAGAGCCAUCCACUGCUUUUGAUUUGGGUGACACAGCAAGCUUUGAUGAUGGACUGAGGAGGAGGGCUGUGUCCUCUUCUGAUACACCAAGACCGAGAACAUCAGACGAGGAAGAGGAAGAAGAGGAAGCAGAGUUCAGACUGGCUGAGAAGAAGGAGGAAAAACCAUGGUUUUCUUUGAACAAAUGCAUUGUGGGAGCUCUGAUCCUGCUCUUCUUAGGUUCCCUCUUCCUCUCAGGUGACUUCGACACGUCUGAACUUGGUGAUGGAGAACAAAGCCAGGAUGGGCUUAGCAGUGAUCCACAGGAUAUGAAAGAAUUACUGGAUAAACUGACACAGGAAAACCAACAAAUCACUCUGCUGGAGGCUCAAUUACAGUCUCAGAAAGAAGAACUGGACUCAGCAUUAAAAGCAUUAGCAGCAAGCGGCGAUGAAAUGGGUAAAGCAGAUCUGGAAAAAGAAAAUGCAAAGUUGAAGCAGGAGCUGUCAUUUCUGCCCGAGCUGAAGAAAGAGCUGCAGAGUCUGAGGGCCAGGGUGACCGAACUCAGCCAGCUUACAGCUGAUCAGGAAAUGCCCCCGGCUGCUUCUAAUUUAUCCCCUCAGUCUGGAGACAAAGAUGCUCAGAGUAGCCAAAAAGCAGCUGGACCCGAGAGGAGGAAGCACAAGAAUGAGGGAGGUAGACUAAAGGAGGAACUCCAGAGACAGAGAGUUCUUUUGGAUGAGAGCAGGAAAAGACUGGAAGGCAUGAAAAAAGAUGGAGGCGACAGGAAACAAGUCAGGGACAGUUUGGAGGAGAUUCAGAGGAAGCUUUCUGAUCAAGUCGAGAGGUGGGGGAAGAAGAAGCCGCAGGAUUCCAAAUGGAAAGGGAACAAAGGCCAAAACAGUGAGCAGGGCCAGUGGAAGAAAGGGGAGAAGAAAGUGCAGAGAGGACAGAAAGAGUGGAAGCACAGCAAAGAGGGAGGAUGGAAGGACAAAGAAGAGAACAAGGACAAGUCUCAGAAGCAAAACUCUCACAAAGAGGCAUGGAGGGAACACCAGGAUGAGUGGGAGAGGAAGAAGGAUGAGCGCAGAAUGGACAGAGAGGAGCGGAGGAAAGAGAAGCCAUGGCACAGCCAGCCUGGUAAAAGCUCCCACAGCCAACAUCAUCAUCACCAGCAUCACCAUCAUCACGCCCGUCAGCUUCAUCAGUACAACCACAACGACUUCUGGAGAGACCAGGAACAGAAGCUCAGCCGCAAUGUUCGCCCCCAGCUGGGCUGCAGCUCGGUGGAGCACUGUGCCAGCAAAGAGGGGCUCUACCCAGUGGAGUUGUCUGAGUUUGAGGAGCUAUUGGAGGGUUACCUGAGCAAGCUAGAAGGAUCUUCAUCCGAGGGCAAGGACAAGAUCCGAAAACUGACCGCAGAGUUCUUUGAAGACGGCAUGUUUAUCCAUGACAGAGUUCUUUUCAGUGACUUUGCUGAGGAUGUAGCGGACAUUCUGGAAGACAUGGUGGACGUUUUAGAAGGCAUUGGGCAGAAGAAGAACGACUCCCUGGAGGAGGAGAUGGAGGAGUUUGAAAGAGAAGCCCUGUGGAAGUUUGCUGCCAUCACUUAAACAGAGACAUGGAGGGAAAAGGUGUAAAAUAUAACACAAGUGGUGGUUUUCCACGGCAUUUCUUGCCUAUAUUUGCCUCCUCAGAGCUGUAACUGUAGUAGCUUCUGGUACCAAGUGAUUGUGCCUCAUAAAUGUGCCCCUCUGAGUCUUUAGUUAUAAGAUAGACUUGUAUUAUUUUGGAUUUAGUUGUUACCUACCUCUGUCAGGUCAUGCCUUUUAAUGCAAAGUCCUUCAGUAAUGUGUGGAUUUUCCUCUGCUAGCGAUUUCUCAGUUCUUAGUGCAUGUUGCGGUACAUAAUGUAAAUUCAAACUGAUAAUAUUCAGAUCACAUGCAAAAAACAGGGUUUUAGGGAGAUUUUUCAGCACCUGUGCAAUGCAGUUAAAUAUAUUUAUACAAUUCCUAUAUUAUUAGGCUGUUUAAUUACAGAAAAAUGUUAUAUUAACUGAGAAAAAUAUUUUUCUGUCAUUUGACUUUCUGCCUUGUGUGAGAAUGGAACCUGCCUUUACUCCAAACAGGUUACAACAAAGGAACUUUUGCCUCAAGUCAGAUGUAACUGUCCAAUCCCAGAGGAUAAGAUCCUGGUUCUUUCAGGGAUAAGAAUCAGAUCAGGUCUGACCAGUUUCAUUUCAGCAGCUCUUGGGUAGAUUUGGGCAAACACACAAAUUGCUGCUUUAGCACCUUAAGUGUUUGGUUUUCUACAUUUGACUAGACUUUUCAUGCUGCUCCGCCACCUUCACAACAAAAUUUUUCCCCUUGCGAUUCACUUCUGUUUUCAAAGCUACUGGUUAGCUCUGUCAAAAAAAAAUUUCCAGGAAUGUAGCUAAGGGGACCGCCAACACAUGAUACCCUACUAUCCCAGAGCAUGCAGAGUAACAAGUAAGGAGUUUAGUGAUCUGUAGUAACCCCCAAAACAUUACAUUUAAUGAAUUUGUUCAUUCACCUAAAUGAGGCUGGCAACCAAACCGGUGUUUUGUUUGUCAUUUUCCACUUAUUUUGUUUGCAGGUUGACUUAAACUGACAUGAAACAUGAUGUGAAAAAAAGAUAAAGGCGACUGCAUUUCAUUUUGUUUUCAAAUUCGAGUAAGCUGGACAAUGGUAAAAGACAAACAGUACAAUGCAAAGUCUAUAGAGGAUUGCAACAUAAUUUUUAGUUUUUCUUUCAGUUUUUGAUGCUAGUCGUGUUUGAUUAUGAAUAUUUUCUUCUUUAGGUUGAUGUGAAGUUUAAAGCAACAGAAUGUGCUUGUUACUUCUCAUUUUUCAGUGACUGGAUGAAGCUUUUAGGUGUUUCACAUAUAUUUAUUCUGCCACUACACUGCUCCUCUACUCUUUACACGAGAAAAAGAACCACGUGUUGAAUGUGAAAAUGGUGACUUCUUUUCCAGAAAUGUAGUUUUCCAGAUGCUGUUUAUGUGCCUUUAUUAUAACAGUUAUGGUUAGACUGAACAAGGCAUUUUUGAUUUCAUUUGCUUCUGCAAGAUUUAGAAAAAGUUCACACUACUUGCAUUGUUUCAGGUGGUUAUGGGGCAGAGAAUGAAUGUGGGCAGAGAAUGAAUGUCAGGGUUUGCACAUGAAGUGACGAAUACAAACUGAUUCUUGUUAAACAUUGUAUGUUGUUUCUGGAGGGGAGCUUUGUUUUUCAGGUGUUAGAUCAAAGGGUUUGGUAGUAAGCUUAAUCACAACAGAUAAUUCCUUUAAUGAAACACAUUUAUGAAAGUUUAAACAAUAUUUCAGACAUAUUUUUGUCUUUGUGGGGACAACACUAGGGCUCUGCGAUUAAUGACAUUGUGGUGUUUAAUUGGUCCCUGAACAAAUGUCUCAUUUCUAAUUCUCAUCAUCAGUUAUGUUCUUGUUUAGGAGGUCAGUGUUAAGUUCAGUACAUUUCAAUAAAGGUUUUUCACCAUUAAA